AUGGGUGGUGAAGGUCCCUAUGCAUCCCAGCCUAAAAAGGAUAAGAGGGGCUGGGGAUGCCUCUCUACUGAAGGUGGCGCCAAGCGCCAGGAGCACCUAUCUCGAUUUUCCAUGCCAGAUCUGAGCAAAGACUCUGGAAUGAACGUCUCGGAGAAGCUGAGCAACAUGGGUACCCUUAAUUCGUCCAUGCAGUUCAGGAGCGCAGAGUCGGUGCGCAGCCUGCUGUCUGCGCAGCAGUACCAGGAGAUGGAGGGGAACCUCCACCAGCUCAGCAGCCCCCUGGGGUACAGGGAUCUGCAGUCCCAUGGGAGGAUGCACCAGAGCUUUGACUUUGAUGGGGGCAUGGCGGGCAACCAGCUGCCGGGGCAGGAUGGGGUGCGCAUCCAGCCGAUGAGCGAGCGCACGCGGAGAAGAACUACGCGCGAUGACAACCGUCGCUUCCGCCCUCACCGGUCCCGGCGCUCCCGCCGCUCGCGCUCGGACAACGCGCUGCACCUGGCCAGCGAGCGCGAGGCCAUCUCCCGGUUGAAAGAAAGGCCCCCUCUGAGAGCCAGGGAGGACUAUGACCAAUUCAUGCGACAGCGGAGCUUCCAGGAGAGCCUGGGCCAGGGAUCCCGGAGGGACCUGUACGGCCAGUGUCCGAGGACUGUAUCGGACCUGGCUUUGCAGAAUGCCUUUGGGGAGCGAUGGGGACCUUACUUCACUGAGUAUGAUUGGUGCUCCACCUGCUCUUCCUCUUCUGAGUCUGACAAUGAGGGCUACUUCCUAGGAGAACCAAUCCCCCAGCCGGCACGUCUGCGAUAUGUCACCAGUGACGAGCUGCUGCACAAAUACAGCUCAUACGGUGUCCCCAAAUCCUCCACGAUAGGUGGCAGAGGACAGUUGCACAGUAGGAAAAGACAGAAGAGCAAAAACUGUAUCAUUUCAUAAUAGGAUGGGGGUCAGAGAACGUGGGAAGAUGGGAGCUAAGAAUGUAAAUUCAGAAACUUGCACUGUUUUAAAUUUUCAAGAGCUUUUGGGUGUGGUUCAUGAGGGAGAAAGGGAAAGCGUUCUCAGUGGAUAGAGGCAAGAUUGCAGAUUGACUCGUAGGUAGUCACAGUCCUUGGCAUGUUGAGUAUUAUUUGCACAUUUCACUUUGGAAACACAGUAGACUCUGGGGAGGCCAGGGUUGGUCACUUCCUUCCCAUCAGUUCUGUAUGGAGUGGCCACUCGCAAGAUGGCUCAUUGUUACCUGCUGGCUUAUAUCCUUUCUGGUUCUCUUAAUUUUAGGACCCUUUUUGCAGUAAGUAAUUUCUUUAUCAGCCAGGACCCCAGACUAAGUUAUUUACAUGUCCAUUGUAAAUGCAAUGUAAAUGAAAGUUCUGAUAAAAUAUUUUUGUAUUUUGUAAUAUCAAAGGAAUUUCUAUAUCGUAGGACUCAGUGGGGACUUGCAUGCCUGUCAGCAUUGUCUUGGAGUAGUAGUCAAAGGUGGCCCAGGACCACCUUUUUUUUUUUUUUUCUCUAUACAAACUUUGUUGUUACAUGUCAGUGAAACCUUUUUCAAAGGAGUAUAUUCAAUUUGGCUUUUUGUGACUGGAAAAAAAAUUAACUAUUCUACCCAAAGCAUUUUAUGCUCCAUCGUUAAGGAGCCAUCCUUUAGCCCGCUCCCACCCUCAGUAGAAUUUAUUCUCUACAAAGUGAUAGUAUUUUUUUUUUAUUGCCAAUGUAACUUUUGCCAAUUAGAGAAACCAACCAGUGUCAGUACGGUUCCGUGAGAAAUGCCAUCCCUGCUGAGGACAUUGAAGUUGCUUAAUGUUGAUCUAUCCCUUGGGGAAAAUCAAAGUGAUCGUGAGUGGUGCCGUUAUGUGUGUCAGCAUGACGUUGUUUUGAAUGUGGCAUUAUUUUCUGGUGCUCCCACUUCCUGGAUUGUAUUAUCUGCUUUCCUUUUCCAAAGGCAGACAGAGCUGCUGCCUUAGCCUGACAACCGGGUGUCCUCACAGCAGAUGAGCUUCUGUGUUUGGAAUGGAGGGACAGGAAGGUUCUGGGGACUCUGGGUGUGGUGGUGUGUUGCGUGUUACACAUGGAGAAGGAAUAAGGCAACUUGAAAACAAAGUAAGUCAAGAUACAAGUUAAGGGAGGAAGGUCAGGGAAGAACAACUUCCAGAUUGCAAAUCAAGGAAAGUUGACACCCACCUUGAGUAGCCCCCAGUGCUUUUAGGGAAGACCCAGCUUAAUAAACUCAGUAACCAGACUGACUGGGUCCCCCAGAGGACAUGGCUGGUGAGAUUUCAGAUUUCUCUGUUGAAAGAGAGAUUUCCACUUUGAACUUUGAGGCCUGUUGGUCAGACAGAAAAUAGGCUCAUAAGUGAGUUUGCUUAAAGAAGACAUUUAACGGUUGUGCUGUUUAUAGUAAAAUAAAACUUCCUGCCCUGCUUCAGUUAAAAA